CAUUCGAAUUCGAAAGGACACUUGCGCAGGUCUUUCCCAUUUCCGAUCGAUUUUCUGAUGCCGACACUGCUCGAGGAGGAAUGCGGCGACGCUGAUGAAGCUGGAGUUGCAGAUUCCUAGUGCUGGCUCCGGCGAUCUGAUCGAAGGGAAAAUUUUAAUCGAAUACGGUGAGCUGCAAUAAUGGUGACUCUGCUGCUUUAAGAAAGAAGUCCUUACGGGCUCACAGGGCCUCAUUAGUCUCCGAGGUGGGCCCUCCGGCAUCCAUGCAAGGGCACACCCACAACUGGUUUGAUAAUUACAUCCUUAGCUCACCCCUAUGAUUUAACUCCUCAAGAGGUUAUUGUUAACUCUACACUAUAGUAAAAUGCAUGCAAAUUCUUUCAUACAAAGGGCUCCUUGACAAUCGAUUCACAGUAAGUUGAAACUAUGUUAAAUUUUAUAGAAGCAGUAACCGCAUGCCAAUGUUUAUAAUCUUAGAUAUUUUUUUUAUUCUCUCCUUUCAUUAUCGAUGCAUCCAUGAUUGAUUGAUUUGUCUCAUGUAUUGAUUGUUUGUCAUUAGCACCACCAACUACCACCCUCAUAUAUAAUUAAUUGUCACAACUUAGUAUCGUGUGGUCAGUACACAUAUAUAUAUAUCUAUAUGUAUUAGUUUAAUUAGCAUUUACAAAUCAAGCAAAAGAUUUUGAUCAAAAAGGCAAAGAAAAAGAAAAGUCUGUUUAGAUCAUUCAUUUACUAUGGAGCUUUUCAGUGUCUGAAUUCAAUUGGUGUUGCUAUAUGAUCGAGAGGUUAAUAUAUAUUUUUGAGAUUAAACUCAUUCAUUGAAUUCUGAGUUGGCUAGGUCCCCCACCACCCUUGUUAAUGUAUGAUAAAAUUAUGUUACAUUUUUUCAGAUAUACUCUUCGAUAUAUUGUUCAUGUAGUAACAUCGGAUGAGUGGGGAGCCCGAAGUGGCAUUUUAGAUUCUUCUAAAUCCUCAUCAUACCUGAAUUUCUAGUUAGAACUUUUCCUAAAUAGUUAUUUAAAAACAUAAACUAGAAAUUAUUGUAUUCUAAGUUGGUGAGAGUUUAAUAACUAAUGUCUUAAAUUGGUAUCAUCUUGAUAAUCACAAGACGAUAUUUAUUAGGUGGCACUUCAAUAACUAUAUAUUUAGUAUCAUUUAAGAGUCUUUUUUUUUAAGAAAUGACCUCUUAGAGAUUCAAUUAUGAAUUCUACUACUACAAAAUCAAGUUUGAAGGAGGCCUGGGCAGAAAUCUUUCCUAUUCCUCACAUAUAUAUAAGUUAAACUACCAUGUUAUAUCUAGCUCAGCGUCUUUCAUGCGCACACACAUGUAAAGUCCACGAGAAAGCAGACAUAAAUGAGUGAUUCAUGGGCGUAGGUGGAGUUUAUUGCCUGAGUACUGUGACUGACCACCAUGGCUAGCUACUUACUUACCUCCACGCUUCACCGACACCCCUCUGUCCUCUGCCAAAUUUCAUCCGCCAAACCCUUUUAAUAUCCUCCUCUUCCCUUCCUCACCCUUCAUCCUCGUCUCUUAGCUUCUCCCUCAUCCUCUCUUUCUCUUUCUAUUUCUCUUGCCCUUACUUGAUUAUUGCCACUGCACCAUUUUGUACUUUGCCGUCAGAGAAUCCUUUACUCUCCCUGUCUGUCAGCCCCUGCCACACUUGACAAAUCAUGGUACAGUCCAAGAAGUUCCGAGGUGUGAGGCAGCGCCACUGGGGCUCCUGGGUUUCAGAAAUCAGACACCCUCUACUCAAGCGCAGGGUGUGGCUGGGCACGUUCGAGACUGCGGAGGAGGCGGCGCGCGCGUACGACGAGGCGGCGGUGCUCAUGAGCGGCCGCAACGCCAAGACCAACUUCCCGGUGCCCCCGCGGGCGGCCGACGGCGCCGACGCCAAGGCGCUGUCGGAGGCGCUCAGCGCCAAGCUGCGCAAGUGCUGCAAGGCCGCGCCGGCGCCGUCGCUCACCUGCCUCCGCCUCGACACCGAGAAGUCCCACAUCGGCGUCUGGCAGAAGCGCGCCGGCGCGCGCGACGGCGCCUCCAGCUGGGUCAUGACCGUGGAGCUCGGCAACCCUCUCGCCGCCGUCGCCACAGCGCCGCCUCAACAGGCCACUUCAUCAUCUCCCUCCUCCUCCUCUGCCGGCCCGACGGCGGUGGACGAGGAGGAGCGACUGACGUUGCAGAUGAUAGAAGAGCUCCUCAACCGGAAGCAUGCCGGAGUAGAAGGUGAAGACAGCUUCUUCCUCUGAUCACCAACCUUGUACCGCAUAUAGUCAAUCGCAUGAUUUACAAGUACUGUGUUUGUCAAUAUAUAAUCCCCACACAAACAAAGUUAAAUCAUAUGGUAUUUUAGAGGUCUCCCUCAGCAUGCAAAGAUGGUGAAAUGGAUAGCUAUUUGUCUAAUUUUUCCUUAUCAAGAACGCAUACAAUUAGGUGUGCUACGAAAGUGAUGGAGGUGGAAUAAGAAGUUUAAUUUGUUGCUACCAAACUUCUCUUAAUAGUGAUAAUUAAAAUGCUUAAA